AUGAGCUUCGACGAUCAUGGUGCUGACCUAUCAACUAUCUUAGUCAAACCUGUCGAUUCUUCAUCGUCUGAAGCCUUGCAGGUACAACCUCCUCUGGCAUCAAAUGCUCCAUUUCGACGAGCACAGAGCACUGUCUUCUACUUUCGUUCAAAGAUCGACAAGUAA